UACUACGUGCACAAACCUGCGGCCGUGCCCUCCAUCUUCCACCUGACUGAGAAGAGGGGGCUGAAGGCCCUGGCCGCCCCAGGAGAAAGGACACCAGGAAGGCCGCCGGGGGCCUGAGGGAACAUGUGAGUGAGGCAGAUGGGAAAGGAGCUGCAGGUUCAUCGUCGUCCUCGAGGGAAAACCUGAGGGCCUAGCCGGGGUCCCGCAAGUUGAAGCGAGCCCCUCUGCAGGGUGAACCCGCAGCCAGGGCUGCCCGGGAAGCCGCCAGUCAGAAGCGGGCGCAGAGUCUCUGGAAGGAACUCCAGGAGACAGUGUGGCCUCCACAGCAUCAGGCAGCCAGGGAGAUGCAAACACGUCUGCUGUAGAUGCUGGCGAUGAAACCCCCUCUUCCCAGCGAGGGGCUGCUGGGUAAGAGUGGCAUUUCCGUGGGUGACUUUACCCCCAGGAUCUGGGGCGUGCAGAUUUAUUGGCUGGUUUCCUUCUUACAGUUUCUCCUCAGUGUACACUCGAGAGAGGCCAUCUGUCCCCCAGAGCCUGUCGAGCGAAGGAGGCUGAAGAGAGACGCGGAGCCCAGCUGCAGCGGGACCAGCCUGAGGCCUGACGAGGGCUUGGCCCAGAGCCCCCAAGUUCAUCAUUCACAAUGAUGCCUCAGAAACCCUCCCAGAGCCCCUCCACUCCAACAGACGUCACCCCGAAGCCAGCCGCAGAAGCUGUGCAGGGCGAGCACAGCGACACCGGCCCCACGUCCCUCAGCGGGCUCAUCCUGUCAGCACUGGGGGCCCAAGAACUCCUCGACUCACUGCACUCCUACUGCUUCUGCUCCCGGGGGAACAGGAGCACGGGUGCCGCCUGCAGGGGCAGGUGGAGAAGAACGGCGAGCUGAAGAGGGGCAGCCGCCGACAGCCAGGUGCAGACGCUGCAGGAGGAGCUAGAUGAGCUGAAGGGAGGGGGCUCCCUGCCUUAGCAGCCUGCUGCCCCCAGCCAAGUUUGGUGGCAGCAGUGGGAUUCAAAGGACUCAUCUGAUGGCUUCGGAGAUGAGAAACACAGGCAUUGCGCCAGCUGCAGAGCUCCAGCCGGCGGCAGAAGCAGGGCAGUGGACAGUGGUGGAGGUAGAGCUGGCUCCAGCUCCGUCAAUACCACCCCCUCUAGCGCUGGAGCCAGCGUCCCCUCCAUCAGCAGUGUUGGAGCUGGAGCAAGGGCCCACGUCGGCUCCAGCAGGAGUGGGAGCUGCUGAGCUGGAGUCACCUGGACCAUCAUUUCUAGUGGGAAGUCCAUCUCCACCUGUGGCCAUUAAGGAGGAUGAGAAGAAGCCUAACUUCACGGCCUUCCCUCCUAAGCUGGUGGCGGAGCUGUUGACCGUGAUGGAUGUGGAGUGCGAGAUCCUGAAGAACUUCUCCUCACUCCGUGCUGUCAUCUCUGCUCUGCAGAAAACCUCCAUAAGCCACCUGAAGAACAAGUGGGUGGAUGUUUCCCAGUGGGUAGGCCCCUCUCCAUAG